AUGUCUAUGAUAUACAACAUCGAUGAUCUUGUUUAUGAUGAUAUACUAGCAUAUCCAUAUGAUCAUAUGAUACCAUAUGAUGAUGACGAUGAUAAUUAUUGUAAUAUUAUUGGUAAUGAUAAUGGUGGUAUAAUUUCACCUCCGUCAAGUCCAAGAAGACCAGCUAUGCCAUAUAAUUUUAAUGUGAUUUAUAUUGAAAUACCAGAUGAGAAUGAUAAUAAUCUUACUCAUGAUACUUCAGUUUUAAACGCGACUCAAGACAAUAGCAUAGAAAACGAUCAUGAUACAAUGGAAUAUGAAUCGAAUGAUGACGAUGAUCAAGCUGGUCAUAUCGAUACGGAAGAAAAUGAUCUAAUUUUUUUAACAUCCUCAUCAAGUCAUACGACUACUGUAAAAACGUUUAUAGGGCUUGAUGACGAUGAUUUGGUAGAUAAAUAG